AUGAAAAGUCUCAACAGUAUGGUAACACACACCAUGAGUAAUUCACUCGCAACGCUAUGUAACAUAGGCAACUCGUGUUAUAUGAAUUCGGUGUUGUACACUUUACGAUUUGCACCAAACUUUACACACAAUUUACAUCAUCUCGUAGAAUUUUUGGAGUUAGUGCUGCAAAAAUCGAUUGCAGAUAGAAAGUACAUAGUGCAACAUGAUGAGAAUGCUCAAAAUGAGUUAAAUGUGAUGAAUUCUAAGCCGAAAUCUUCCUUCCUCGGGCAUAAUGCAGCUGCGGGAGGAACGGAUGGUGCGGCUGGACAUUGGAAUGCUAAAGAUUUAAUUCAACAGGACAGAAAUGUGAAUGGGUAUGAGAAAGCGGCAACAAACAGAACAUCUGUCUCAUCCGAUGGUUCUGCCAUGCUCGGUGAAAUAAGCUUUGGUGAUAAUGAUAAAUGUAGUGUGCUAAAUAGUCCUACGCAUAGUUGUAAUUUCUGUAGUGCAGCAAAGCCUGCCUGUGCCGGUGAUAAUUGUAGUAGGUCAAGAAAUUCUGAUAUUAGCUUUAUUAAUGGAAGCGGAGCAAAAAACAACCGACAGCUGGUUUGCGAAACAUUGCAUGAACUGUUCCACAACCUUGCCCGAAAUGAGGCUUCCGAUGUGAUUGAACCCUUUCAUGCCGGUGGAUUGCUGCAGGCUGUACAAAGCGUUAGCAGUACAUUCGAAGGAAAUCAACAGCAAGACGCGCACGAGUUUCUGAUGUGUAUAUUGGAUAGCGUACGAGAAUCCUGUCAAAUACUGAACAAAAAUCUAAUAGAAAAUCCGGAUAUUCUAAAGAUUAGCCCGUUUCCAUCGCUUGAAAAAGCUGUUGCAACCGAUGCAACGAUAAAUAAUAGCAAUACUACAGCUGCUAGUUCCGAGUCGAAAGUUAGUAACACACAGUUCAUUACGCGCAAUUUAUUUCGUCGGCGCAAAGAAUCAUUGAAAAACACCAAGUCAUGCAUAAAAGAUGGACGGUUUGAUCCAGCGGCUGGCACCCUAGUUAACGUUCAAACCACUGCGGGAAGUAAUUGUGUACAUUCAUGUACGGGGAAACAAAAGAUUACUCUACCUAACGUAACUGCUGGUGUACAAGAAUCAAGCGUAGUCCAAGAACGAUUGAAGCAACGCAUCCGGACAUUGGGAUUGAACUUUUUUUGUGAAGAUUUUGAAGGUGUUACAGUAUCGAGAACGAGAUGCUUAUCCUGCGAAACGGUAACCGAACAAAAGGAAACGAUGAUUGAUAUUGCCAUUCCAAUCACAUCAAAUGAAGUAAGCGAUGCAGUUAAGAAUCCUCAACAAUUUUAUCAGGACGCUUGCAUAACCCAGGAAUAUUUUCGAGGGGAUAAUAAGUACAGAUGUGAAGUUUGUUCCGGCUAUACCGAAGCGUGUCGCACGAUUUCGUUUGACAUUUUACCACGGUUGUUGGUUCUACAACUCAAAAGAUUCAAUGGUGAUAUGGAAAAGAUCAACAGCUAUAUUCCAACACCAUUUAUACUGCAGUGUUUCUGUGCGGAAUGUAUAGGAAAGUCGGACAACGAGAAGCGUCACAUUUAUCGACUAUAUAGCGUUAUCACGCAUGUAGGGGCACGAAUGUCGGUAGGACAUUAUAUCGCAUAUACCAGUUCACUCCAAAUCCCACUGCAUUACGUGAACUGUAUUAAAGAUCGUCAGAAAAGAGCUUUACUCGCAGCAGCCUCAUUCGAGACGCAGGCGACACAGCAUUCGGCAGAUGGCAUCAGCAAUGCGGGAAUCUCGAACAAAGGUCAAAGUGGCGCCGAAAAAAGCGCUUCCGGUCAAUUAAAGAAGUUGUUCGGUAGCAAAAAAACAUCAAGUGCAGGAGAUAUUAGCAAAAAGUUGAAAAACAAUGUAAUUAAUCGUUUUUCCCCAAUUAAUGGCAUGGAAACCUUGCAGCUACACACAAACGCAGAUACCUGUCCUGAGAAGCCUGCCAGGGCGGGUUACAUUGAUAACUUCUACAGCAUUCACAACAUCGACGCAAAUAUCAAUCAUGCUCAUGGUUCAGGCGAUUUUCUAAUCAGUGGGAGUGAUACGUCCGGUCUGUCUUGUCAGAGCGUUGGGUGCUGUGCCGUGCUUGCAAAAGCUACGCAUUCGAACGAAAUACUGCAUCCGGCGUCGAACAACGUGCGAUAUUUCGUCGACGAUAGUUUGGCUAGUGAAAAUGCACGAAACAAUAGCAUCCAUAACGUAUCGCCUGUUUCAACCGGGUCAAUAUGCAACAAUAAUUGUACCCAUCACUCUCAUAAGCCAGACGCUUCCAACGGCGAAGACCGUUCAAGUAUAGUAGACUGUCACACUUCAUUAUUCGCCAACUCGGUGCAUAACGAAGAAAGUAAAGAUUUAGGCUAUGGUAACGUUAUCCAUGAUUCAAUUACAAAUCAGCCGCUUACAUGGUACAUGUGUGACGAUGAUAAGAUAAAAAUAAUGACUCAGCUUGAGUUUGAAGAGGUUCUUUCACCAAAUCGUCGUCACGUGACAACGCCAUAUUUGCUAUUUUAUGCUCGUUACGAUGUAGCGCAAAAUCAACAUAAUCAAGCAAAGGAGCAAACGAUAUCGCCUGCACAACAUCAGCAGCAACCGUAUGAACAAAAAUUACACACGGCACUUACAAAACAUGUGUCGCCAACAACAAAAUCUGCCACAAUAUCUGUUUAG